CCUCAUCAUCUAUCUCAGUCCUCAGCUCCUUAUCCUUAAACCCUAAAAAAAUCCGUCAUUUCCGUCCCCCUCCCUUCAAGCUUCCACCUUUAUCCUAGUCCGUCGCCAUCUGCAUGACGCCGGCGAGGCUCCUCACCCACCUCCGCCUCCUCCAGCCUUCACUUCCUCUUCCUCUCCACUCGUCCAUGAAGCUCUCCCGGUCCCUCCACUGCGGCCCCGCCCCGUGCCGAAUCUUCCCUUUCAGGCUCAGGCACGCCGCCCUGCUGGGCUUCCGCGCCAACGGCCAGCUGGCCGUGCGGGGGCUCUCGUCCCGGUCUUCGUCCGGCUCGCGGGUGUCUCCGAAGAAGAGUUUGAUCGACGACGAGGCCGAGCUCAGCGACUGGGUCAGCGGGCUGGGGAAGGACGACUUGGUCGGGGAGGCGGGUUCGGGUAGAGUCCGGGGAAGGAGCUAUGCGGAUGAGGCUUCGUUCGGGGUGAAGCGGCAGAGGUAUGGCGACUCGGACGAUGUUGUCGGCGGUACGGGACGGAGGAAGGGCCGGAGGGAUGCGGAGGGGCUUGAUUCGAGGGAUUCUAGGAGGAGAUAUGGGAAUGAGUUGGGAGGCGGUGAGGAGUUCUCAUCCCCGCGGAGGAGGUUUGACGAUAGGUCUAAUGGUAGAAGCGCGAGAUCUUCCACCUGGAAGAGGGGUGACGUAGGUUCCGAUUCACAGAGGAGGUUUGAUGAUAGGUCUAAGAGUAGAAGCGCUACAUCUUCGACCUGGAAGAGGGGCGACGGAGAUUCCGAUUCACAGAGGAGGUUUGAUGAUAGGUCUAAGAGUAGAAGCGCUACAUCUUCGACCUGGAAGAGGGGCGACGGAGAUUCUGAUUCACGACUUGCGCGGAAUAGUAGAGGAAAUGCAAAUGCUAUUCGAAGAAAUGCAGGUCCGUUGGAUAAGUAUGAGGAUGAGGAGGAGGAGGAGGAGGAGGAGGAGGAGGAGGAGAGGAAGAGGUUCGCUGGGAAGAUUGACGAUUUGAUCAGUGAGGAGGAUAGCGAAGUCGAUGGCACGGAUGACGACGAUGAGGAGUUUGUGAAGAAGAGCGCGAAUGGGUUGUUUGGCGAGGAAAAACAAGCUGUUGUAGAGAAUUCAAAGAGAAUCUCGCAGCAGGGUUCCGAUUCUUACUUGAGUGAAACUAGAUUUGACCAAUGUUCAAUCUCUCCCUUGUCCUUGAAAGCAAUUAAGGAUGCUGGCUAUGAGAAGAUGACUGUGGUCCAAGAGGCCACGCUUCCUGCUAUACUCAAAGGUAAGGAUGUUCUGGCCAAGGCUAAGACAGGCACUGGAAAAACUGUUGCAUUUCUUCUUCCAUCAAUUGAAGUUGUCAUAAAAUCACCGGCCCCUGCGCGUGAUCAAAAGAGACCACCGAUUGUUGUUCUGGUUAUAUGUCCGACUAGGGAGCUUGCAGUCCAAGCAGCUGCAGAAGCCAAUGCCCUUUUGAAGUAUCAUCCUUCUUUUGGUGUUCAAGUUGUUAUAGGAGGGACACGACUUGCUCUAGAACAGAAGCGCAUGCAAGCAAAUCCUUGUCAGAUACUCGUGGCUACACCUGGAAGGCUCAAAGAUCAUAUUGAAAAUACUGCAGGAUUUGCAACCAGGCUGAUGGGCGUGAAAGUUCUUGUACUCGAUGAGGCUGAUCGUCUGUUAGACAUGGGAUUUCGCAAAGAUAUUGAGAAAAUAAUUGAUGCUGUCCCGAAGCAGCGGCAGACCCUUCUAUUUUCUGCGACUGUUCCAACAGAGGUUCGACAAAUCUGCCACAUUGCUUUGAAACGAGAUCAUGAAUUCAUUAACACCGUUCAAGAGGGAAGCGAGGAGACACACGCGCAGGUCAGACAGAUGAAUCUAGUCGCUCCUCUAGACAAGCACUUUUCCUUGCUCUAUGCUCUUCUAAAAGAGCAUGUUGCAGAUGAUAUCAAUUAUAAGGUUAUUGUGUUCUGCACAACCGCUAUGGUGACCAAACUUGUUGCUGAUGUCCUUGGUGAGCUGAAAUUGAAUGUCAGAGAGAUUCAUUCAAGAAAGUCGCAGUCUUAUAGAACAAGGGUUUCUGAUGAGUUUCGGAAGUCGAAGGGUCUUAUUCUUGUAACUUCAGAUGUGUCUGCACGUGGAGUUGAUUAUCCUGAUGUCACCCUUGUCAUACAGGUGGGAUUGCCCGCUGAUAGACAACAAUACAUACAUAGACUUGGUAGGACAGGACGCAAAGGCAAAGAAGGGCAGGGUAUCUUGUUACUGGCGCCAUGGGAGGAAUUCUUUCUGUCAACCGUAAAGGAUUUACCAAUUACAAAGGCCCCAGCGCCUUCAGUAGAUCCUGAUACAAAGAAAAUGGUGGAAAGGGCUCUGUCUCAUGUGGAGAUGAAGAGCAAAGAAUCAGCGUAUCAGGCGUGGCUUGGCUACUACAAUUCGAACAAGAAAAUCGGUAGCGACAAGAUCAGGCUUGUGGAGCUGGCGAACGAGUUCAGCCACAGCAUGGGGCUCGAUAACCCGCCUGCCAUUCCAAAACUCAUCCUUGGCAAGAUGGGCCUCAGGAAUGUGCCCGGCCUUCGAUCUAGAUAGAUUCUUGGUUUACAUUCGUGCGGCCACCUUGAUACGACAAUUUAUCAAGUGCUCUCGUAGAAGAUGAAUGCAGGGGCUGGAGUUUCUUCAUUGAUCUACAAGUCACCAGGUCAUGAAGUGAAUGUAUUUGUUUUAGUCCAUGGGUUAGAGUUUCAGAGAUGUACUUAUACCCCAUUUAUUGGAACCAGGUGAACCGGAUCCCACAAA